UUACGGUCGCUGCUGCUGUCCCGGUCACAUGAUCAGCGAUGGCGGCUGAGAUCCACUCCCGGUCCCCUCACGGCCCUGCACUCCUCACCAAGAUCCCCGGGCACCGGGAGCACGUGACCUCCGCCAGCUUCAUCCCGCGCGAGGACGGCGUCAUCACGGCCUGCGAGGACCGAACAUUGCGAGUAUGGCUGAAAAGAGACAGCGGGCAGUAUUGGCCAAGCAUUUAUCACACCUUAUCAGCUCCUUGCUCAGCACUGCGGUACCAUCAUGACAGCAGGAAGAUAUUUGUGGGACAAGAUAAUGGGGCAAUUGUGGAAUUUGUGAUCUCAGACGACUUCAAUAAAAUGAACUUUGUGAAGACGUAUCCAGCUCACCAGAGUCGUGUGACUGAGAUCAUCUACUCUCCGGGUCCCGAGUGGGUGAUUAGCACAGGACACGAUAAGUUUAUCACAUGGAUGUGCACACAGAGUGGCUCCUUGGUAGGAAGACACAGCUUCACUUCCUGGGCAUCCUGCCUCCAGUAUGAUGAAGACACCAAAUAUGCCUUUGUUGGAGAUUUCUCUGGGCAAAUCACACUGCUGAAACUGGAGAAGGGCAGCUGCACUGUUAUCUCUACACUUAAAGGACAUGAGGGGAGCAUCUCCUGUCUUUACUGGGAUCCCAUCCAGAGGUUUUUAUUUUCAGGAUCCUUCGAUCACAGCAUUAUCUUGUGGGAUAUUGGAGGAAGGAAAGGACGAACGCUGAUUCUCCAAGGACACCAUGAAAAAGUGCAGGGUUUGUGUUACCUGCAGCUCACACGGCAGUUAGUCUCCUGCUCAGCCGAUGGAUGCAUCUGUGUCUGGAACAUGGAUAUUGACAGAGAAGAGGCUCCUCAGUGGCUGGAAAGUGAUUCCUGCCAAAAAUGCUCUCAGCCAUUCUUUUGGAACAUAAAGCAGAUGUGGGAUACGAAGACAGUGGGAUUACGACAGCACCACUGCAGGAAGUGUGGCCAGGCUGUGUGCGGGAAGUGCAGCACGAAGAGAUCCACUUACCCCAUCAUGGGGUUCGAGUUUCAAGUGCGAGUUUGCGACUCAUGCUACGAGACAAUCAAAGAUGAAGAUCGAACAUCGCUGGCCACAUUCCAUGAGGCCAAACACAACAUCUGCUACAUGACAAUGGACAUCUCUCGAGGGCUUAUGGUGACCUCUGGUACAGACCGGCUGGUGAAGAUUUGGGACAUGACGCCCACAGUUGGCUGUAGUCUGGCCACUGGAUUCUCACCACGCUGAUACCUUAAACUCUGAAGUCCUGAGGAAUGCACCUUAUGUACAGCCACGCACGAGUGCACUACCACAAGCCAGCCAUUUGUAAUCUCUUAAGUUCUCUGUAGCCUAUGACAGCAAGUCAAUGAAAUAGAGCUCUCCCACCUCAACAAGGAGAUGCCUUAAUCACCAGGAAGUCAUACAACUUAUGUUCUCUUAUGAUUAUUCUGUGCACUUAACCCAUGAGAGGUUUGAUAGUCUUAACUGUACUUUCUUUAGCCAAGAAAGUGAUUUAUCUCUGUAUUAUGGCCACAGUGAGCUUAAUGCACCUGCCGAAACAGAAGACGAACGGACAGUAUUUUAAAACAAUACAAAUAAUUUCUUGGAAGCAUUGAUCCUAUUGAAUUUAAAUAUAGUUACAUGUGAUUGUUCUGAUUAGAUCUCUUAGUAACUAUCAACAUUUAUUCUUAGAUAUUUGGUUUAACAUAUCUAAUGAGGUCUACCAUUUAAAAUGGCUUCUUUGCUAGGUCCUGCUCUAACCACAAUACUUCCAUGACAGCUCUCUCACAUUCUUGGAGAAUGUAUGGAACGCUGUGUGUCUUGGUGUCUUUCUCGUUGUGUCUGAAAAUGUUUAAGUCUUUUGUUUUCUAAAUAGAUGGUCUUGGUGAGACGUGGCAAACAGCAGACUUUCGUAUAGUUAUAGAAUGACAACUUCCAAGACUGGAAGCUGAGCUUCUUUUGCAGGAGAGAGCUACAUGUUUGGCUCUCCCUGAUCUAGACAGACACACAUUAGCUGUAAAAAGUGUGGUUAUACAUAAUCAUGUGCACAUGUAUACAAAAUCCUUUCCUAUGUGCAAACCGGGAUGGGAUUUUUAUACAAUGCAAAUAAAUCAAUUAAAUUCUGGGGCAAAAUUCUGAAGGUGGAACGGUCACCAGGGAAACCAGUGGAAUGUUUCUUCUGACUCCUCCAUUGUAGAACUCUAGAAUUGCUCUUUGGAAGUAAUCCCUUCUGGAUGUUUAGUUGUUGAAAUGAAGAACAUUUUUCCUGAAUCACCAUCAUUUCCUUGCGGCAGUCAAGAAUCUGGCAGAUCCUUACAUGUUAACAGUGACAGAUUGUGCUUGGAGGCGGCUUGCCAGGUACAUAGAUAACUUAUUUAGAAAAUAACUUGUUCAUGUGAUAAUUUAAAUGCAGAAAAAUUACCUUACUGGGCACACAAGCUUAUUAAGCAUCACAGUCACACAUUCUUAUUCAGUCUGUCGCUUUGAAGACACGGGUCUGAAUUACAAUUUUCAUUCUGUCCAUUUUCCACAUAAGGAAAAAACUAUUUUAUGAAA